AUGGCUCCAGGCGGCGGAGGUAAUAUUAAGGUGGUGGUGCGAGUACGACCUUUCAACAGUCGAGAAAUCGAUCGCGGUGCAAAAUGUAUUGUACGAAUGAAAGACACCCAGACGGUGAUCACACCACCGCCGGGCAUGGAGGACAAAUCCUCGCGCAAGGGUGGUAAGGCUGGCGGCGAAGGACCCAAGACCUUCGCAUUCGAUCGUUCAUACUGGUCCUUUGAUAAGAAUUCCUCCAACUAUGCUGGACAGGACAAUCUUUUCGAUGACUUGGGUGAACCGCUUCUGGACAAUGCUUUUGGAGGGUACAACAAUUGUAUUUUCGCCUAUGGUCAAACCGGCUCUGGAAAGUCAUACUCGAUGAUGGGAUAUGGAAAGGAAUAUGGUGUCAUCCCCCGAAUUUGCCAGUCAAUGUUCGAACGCAUCACCCAGAUUCAACAAGAUAAACUCCUCAACUGUACGGUGGAGGUUUCCUACCUCGAAAUUUAUAACGAGCGCGUGCGCGACUUGCUCAACCCAUCCAAUAAAGGCAAUUUGAAAGUCCGCGAGCAUCCAUCGACGGGUCCAUACGUGGAGGAUCUGGCCAAGCUCGUGGUGCGUUCGUUUGAAGAGAUUGAAAAUUUGAUGGACGAAGGAAACAAGGCACGAACGGUGGCUGCGACAAACAUGAACGAGACAUCGAGUCGAUCACACGCUGUUUUCACGUUGACUCUCUCCCAAAAACGACAUGAUGCUGAGACCUCCAUGGACACGGAAAAGGUGUCAAAGAUUAGUCUGGUUGAUUUGGCAGGUUCAGAGCGAGCCAACUCGACCGGAGCCACGGGUGCCCGUCUGAAAGAAGGUGCUGAAAUUAAUCGCUCGCUAUCCACGCUGGGACGUGUCAUCGCGGCCCUUGCAGAUGUGUCAGCGGGCAAGAAGAAGAAUGCAUCCAUGGUUCCCUAUCGUGACUCUAUUCUCACUUGGCUGUUGAAGGAUUCAUUGGGUGGUAAUUCUAUGACAUCCAUGAUAGCAGCCAUUUCACCUGCGGAUAUCAACUUUGAGGAAACUUUGGGUACCCUGCGGUAUGCAGAUUCUGCCAAGAGAAUCAAGAACCAUGCUGUAGUGAACGAGGACCCGAACGCGCGUAUGAUCCGUGAGCUCAAGGAAGAAUUAGCUCAGCUACGCUCGAAGCUUGGAGGUGGGACUAGCGGAGCAGCAGGUGGUGCGGGAGGUGCUAUGACUGCCGAAGAAUAUUACCCUCCUGAUACGCCACUCGAAAAACAGAUGGUUUCUAUCGCACAAUCGGAUGGCUCUGUGAAAAAAGUCAGCAAGGCCGAGAUUGUGGAGCAGCUCAAUCAAAGUGAGAAGCUCUACAAGGACCUCAAUCAGACCUGGGAGGAGAAGUUGCAGAAGACAGAAGAAAUCCACAAAGAACGUGAAUCCGCCCUGGAAGAGCUUGGUAUCAACAUUGAGAAGGGUUUUAUCGGAUUGAGCACACCAAAGAAAAUGCCCCAUCUGGUCAAUCUGAGCGAUGAUCCUUUAUUGGCAGAAUGCCUAGUCUACAACAUCAAGCCAGGGGCCACGACGGUGGGACAUAUGGACCAAGGAAACAGUGUGGAAAUCCGUCUGAACGGGUCCAAAAUUCUAUCUAGACAUUGUACCUUUGAGAACGUCGAUAAUGUUGUGACGAUCGUCCCUACGGAAGGUGCCGCAGUCAUGGUCAACGGCAUGCGCAUUGACAAACCCAAGCGCCUCAAGAGUGGCUUUCGUAUCAUCCUUGGCGAUUUUCAUAUCUUUCGUUUCAACCACCCGCAAGAAGCUCGCGCUGAACGGGUGGAACAAUCAUUGUUGAGACAUUCUGUAACAACUAGCCAACUUGGAUCGCCUGCACCCAACAAAACCCAUGACCGCAAUCUGAGUAAGACAGGAUCCGAAAUCGAUGGAGACUCGAGUAGGGCGGAUUCACCGAUGCCUUCUCAGCGUGGCCGCGAGUCAGACUGGUUCCUUGCUCGGCGAGAAGCGGUCAGUGCUAUGCUGGGACCAGACCAUAUUUCGCAUAUGCCUGAUGAUGAACUGGAUGCCCUGUUUGAAGAUGUACAAAAAGCACGAGCAGUACGUCGCGGGUUGCCAGAGAAUGAGGAAGACUCCGAUUCUCUCAGUUCCUUUCCAGUGCGUGAUAAGUAUAUGUCCAAUGGCACCAUCGACAAUUUUUCCCUAGACACCGCAAUCACGAUGCCGGGAACGCCACGCCAAAUUGGCGAUGAUGAAGGUCUUAAUGGAGAUGUCUCUUUAAAUUCUGUUCGACAGGAUAUGCAGCGCCAGUUGGACCGACAAAGAGAGGACUUUCAAGAUAAGCUGAAAACCGCCGAAGCAUCUUCUAACCAAGACCCGGGAGAAAUUCGUACUGAGAAAGAGCAAAUGGAAGAUGCACUCAAGUCUGCCAAAGAUAAAUAUGAAAAGCAACUGAGACAGCAAAAAGAAGAAUUCGAAACCCAAAUGCGGGACAUGGGUAAGCCCAUACCUCAUCAUCUUUAUGAGAACGGCUUCGCCAAAUUAGACGAGCGCGAGCUUGAAAUCGCCCAAUCCGUCUUCCGCCACUGGUCACAGCGCAAUUAUGUCCGCAUGGCCGAGAAGAUUCUGCAACAUGCAUCUCUCAUCAAAGAGGCACAGAUCAUGAGCCAGAUAAUGGACAAGAAUGUGGUUUUCCAAUUUGCCAUUGUAGAUCAUGGUUACAACAUGGCUUCGUCAUAUGAUCUUGUAUUGAACGGAAUAUCUGGCGAUGAGGACAUUGUACUGGAAGAGGCUAAAAAGCCUUGCGUUGGUGUCCGGGUGAUCGACUAUAAGCAGUGUGUGAUUCAUCUUUGGUCGAUUGAGAAGCUCCAGCGUCGUGUGCAGUCCAUGCGUCAGUUGCAUCAGUAUAUCGAUCGCCCUGACUAUAUCCAGCACUUCAAACUCGAAAAUCCGUUUUCAGAACCUUGCUCGCCACAGUUUUCUCUUGUCGGAGAUGCCGAUAUCCCUCUGACGGCUGUGUUUGAGACCCGCGUCCAAGAUUUCUCCGUCGAGAUCACGUCACCAUAUACCCAGAGUGUUGUUGGAAUCAUUCGACUGUCGCUUGAACCAUCUUCUGCGGAGGCACCCUCAUCAACCUUAAAGUUCAACGUGGUCAUGCGGGAUAUGGUGGGGUUCGCUGAGUGGGAGGGGACAGAAGUUCAUGCACAGCUAUUUGUUCCUGGGAUUUCGGAGGAAGGGGGUGCUACGACGACACAGAUGAUAAGUGGCUUUGAGGAGAGCCCCGUGCGAUUUGAAAGUGUUCAUAGCAUGAGCCUUCCACUUUCCAGCCCUAGAUCGGCUGCCCUGAAAGUAUGUGUUUAUGCUCGUGUGACGUCGGUACAUCUCGAUAAGCUCUUGAGUUGGGACGAUAUGCGCGAUUCAGCGGAGGUUACACCACAGAAACGUACAACUCCUCGCAUUGCAGAAUCCGAAUUCUACUCAGAAGAACGCCAUGACGUUUUUGCCAGAAUCCAGAUUCUUGAACUUGCGGAAUCUGGUGAAUACCUUCCCGUUGAAGUGAUUCAAAGCACCAAUCUUGACGCGGGGACUUACCAGCUCCACCAGGGCUUGCAGCGUCGCGUUUCUAUUAAUAUAACCUACAGCUCUACCAAGAGCCUUCCAUGGGAUGAUAUUACCAAUGCUCGCGUCGGUUCCGUCCGAUUGUUGGAUCCCUGGGGCAAAAUCCCGGACCAGGACCUUCAAACGCCCGAUGUUCCUCUCAAGUUCGUCCAGGAGCCGAUGGUCAAAGACAAUGCUGAUGGAACCUCCAAUGUGACAAUUGUGGGCCAGUGGGACUCGAGUUUGCAUGGAUCUUUGCUUCUCGAUCGAGUCACCGCAGAUAAGUAUCGAGUUCAAGUCACGGUACGAUGGGACCUGGUUUCUUCUCGUCUGCAGACACCUGUUGUGUUCGAGGUCGAUCAAACUGUUCAGAUCCUUGGGCGUACCUACGUUCGCCAGCAAUCCAUGUUCAAACAGCUUUGGAGCUCUACUCGAGUUGUGCAUUCAACGACUCGCAUGUACUCCUUAGUCAUUCGCCCAAUCUCCGCGAAGCGUGCUGCUGAUCUGUGGCGAAUGAACACUCAAAAUGACUAUGUCAAGGGUGAGGAGCUUUUGACUACAUGGGCACCUCGGAAAGUUUCGCUCGUCAGAGAUCAUAUCGUCGCCCGCAAACGUCGAUACCGAGUGGCCGAAUUACAUGCUGCCCGAGGUGCUCUCAGUGCAGGGAGUCUCAUAGCGUCGCCUAUGCGGGGAAGUGGCAGAUCUACGCCCAUGAGGAGUCAAGACCUUAAUGAGCGGAAAACACAACUUCUGCGAAAAUACAUUGACCUCUGGUCAACCAAAAAAGACCCAACGGAAACUAUUCUGGUCCGCAGCAACACUGAACCACCUACCGAUGGCGCGCAGGCCAGGUCUAAAGACACCAAUUCCCUUUCUGAUAAGAUCUCAUUGAAACCUCGUUUCGUGGCCACCAUCCAGACUCUACCUAAGAACCCCUCAGCUCUCAAAUCUGGACACGUCCUGACACCUGAUGACACUAACAGUGUCUGGGUCCGCCGAUUUGUGGAGCUUCGCCGGCCGUAUCUUCACAUCUAUUCGGUACCCGAUGGAGAUGAAAUCAACGCGAUCAAUCUGCGGAACUCUCGUGUCGAUCAUGCACCUGACUUUGCUCGUCUUCUCGAUGGAUCCGGAGCCGGAGCCGACCGUUCGCUCUCAACUCGAGGACGGCCGAAUGUCUUCGCAGUGUACGGUACUCAAAAUACAUACCUUUUCGCCACGCGGACUGAGGCCCAGAAGGUCGAAUGGAUCCUCAAGAUCGACGAAAGUUACUUCAGCAGCAGUGGUGGUAGUGCAGUUGCAAGUGGCGAUGAGCGAUAA